AUGCUCAAGUUGAUGAGCUCUCAUCUCUCAUUAGAUUGCCACAACAAGUUGCUACUUGAAUCAAUCAAGCUCAACCUGACAUCAAUCGUUCAAUACUAUGUUGACUCGGAUCUUCUUCAAAAGAUGUUGGCCAAGUCAACGCGGUUCAUAGAAGAUAUGUUCAAAAGUUGUUGCGAACAUGGACGCAAUGAUCAUUUGGACAUCUUGUUACCUUUGAUGUCGUCAGAUGUAUUGAAGUACAGUAAAAAUCAUUAUGCAAAGGCAGCUGAGAAUGGACAUCUGGUCAUCGUUCAAAGAUUACAUCAACUCAUCGAGUCAUCAGAUGACAAACAAUCAUUCGAUUAUUCCAGUCCUGUGCCAAAGGUGUUGGCCAAUGGACACAUGGACGUGGCCAACUUCAUCUUCAACGUCUUGGCAUCAGACCCUGAGCGCCACACACAUAGGUGCAAUGUCGACCACAUCCAUCACUCAAUCAUAUCGGUGGAGUUGAUCGAACAAUUGCUUGGACACCCAACCAUCUAUGUCAGUUAUGAGAAGAUGUUGGCCGAUGCUGUUGUUGCUGGACACAAAGAGGCCAUCGAUAUGCUGCUGGUCAAUCUCCCCGAGAACAAAGAGAACUAUUCAUACACUGAUACUGUCUUUGCAAGUGCGGCCAAGGUUGGCGAUAUUGAGACAAUCAAGAGGAUCGUGGCCAGUCGACCAAACACCAACCUCAAAUUACAACACAUUGUAUCGUUGAUUGGUCAAUCAAGAUUGCCCAACAGCUUGGUGACCGAGGAUGUGAUCAUUGAGUUGGUUAACAACUCAUUAUAUCUCGAAGGAAAGAUCCUGAAAGCAGAAUGUUUGGGCAAUUUGCUCAUUGAGGCUGCGUCCAAUUCACUCGCACUGAUCAAGAUGGUCAUUGAGAAGCUGUCCAACUAUGGCAUCAAACUAGAGAGUGAGAUUCACAAGAUCAGUACCGAGCACUUCAACUAUGCCGUUGCUGCCUGUGUCAAUCGUGGCGACAACGAAUCAUUGGAGUAUCUGGUACAAAUCAUUAAACAGAUACUCUUGGACAAUAAGAGGGGCAAGAGCAACGGUCUGUUUUAUGAGUGUGGACGAUAUCGAUGUCAAGUCUGA